GAUAGUGUUAGUCUCUGCUCAACAGUUGAUAAAAGAUAGCAGUGACAGAAGAGAGUCAGUAUUCACCCGUUGUCCGACCUGCUGGUCCAAUCCAAAAUACACAGGUCCGGAGAGAAGGAGGAAUAAAAAAAAUAUAAUUCGUGCAAUAUCUAAUUUGAAUCUCACGUCGAUGAAAGCGAAUCACGUUGAUCGUAAAUCGGGAAGUCUGUUGAUCUAGUGUUACUUUAAGUUCAUCGUCAAACAAAGAUAAGGCCUGAUUCUACUAGAAACGUCAGCGAAACAGUAUUUUAUCGUAAGAAAAGGAAGAAAAAAGGUGAAGGAUUGGCAAACGAUCAAAGAUGUGUGAAUAGCGUCAAUUUCGGAGCCGCCACUCGUAUAAUUUAAAUUGAGUAUUCGAAGAAGAGAAGAUUGACCAUGUUUAAAAAAAAAGAUCCAAAUGUCGUCCGGAACUCAUUCACGUAGCAAGAGCAAACUUUUGUAUCCUUUACCGCGAAGGUAAGGCUCUUGUCUUGAAUUUUAACAGAAAACCUCAAGAAUUCUUUUGCCCUCUUUUUCAUUGGGAAAACGUUAAAAAUUGCAUCCAAUCGUUAAUAUCUUUACAUUACGAAAGAUGCCUUUGUGAUAUUAAACUAAGAAGACUCUGGGCGGCAGGACCCGAGAAGAAAAAAAAUGAAGGAUGACCUUUGACCACGUCUUAAAAAAAGCUUCUGGAUCUAGUCAAUAUAUAUUUUCUGAUAAUCAAGAGAUAGAAAGCGGAAAUCCAUCUCGAUCGGAAUAAAGAAGCGUCGGUAUUUUAUCACACGUGAACAAUGCAUAAUGAGCAGUGCAACUAGUACAACCGAAGGCAGGAGAAUGGUCGAACUACGCGCAGGUGCCGGAAUGGCUGGAGCUCUGGACAGACCAUCUUCAAGUCGUUUUCACUAUACGAUUUUGACAAUUCUUGAUACCAUAUUUUCGGCGAGCGUCGUGGCGCCCGCCGUCGUGGGCUACUGGCGUAGUACCUGGGGACUUAGCGAUGUCUAUAUCUAUCCGGAUGAUCCUGUCUUAAGCAACAUAGCCUCCAUUGUUAUUGGAUUCUCAGGACUCUUCGUGUUCAACGUUAUUCAGCAUCAACUCAAUGAAUUACUUCAUCCCGACAAGCACAGAUUAUUGUACUAUCUUGGAUCCAGGAUUUAUACUGCCGUUUUUGGAUUCUGUUGCGUUAACGCGUUUAGAGGACCUUGGCAGGCUCUUGAUCUUUAUACGGAAUUAACGCCGACUACCGUCUUUGCCACUACGGGCGUUAGUCUUCUAGCGCUUGCCAUUAUGAGAGCCAUUAGAAAUAUUUCGGCACCACCGUUUUCCCUCAGUCUUGACUCUUGUCCUGGCUAUUUCGAAGUACCCACCAUGUUUCGAGUAAACAAUACAAGAGACUGGUCGCUGUACAUAUUGGAUUGUGCCUUUAGCGUCGGUGUUGUUGGCACCCUUGUAGUAUUUGUCUGGAGAGGAUUCUGGGUUCUUUUCGAUAUUUAUCUGUUUCCGCAGAAUCGUGAAUAUUCGGCUCUAGGCUCUGUAGUAAUAGGUUACAUCAUAGUUACAAUAACAUUUGUAUUGCAACCGCUGAUGCGUUACGUCUGCGCUCGUCUGAAAGGUCUCGCACGUCUCGCAGCAACAGAUGCCUUCCUUCUCCUGAGCUUCCUGGGAACCGUGAAUGUCUGGCGAGGUAUCUGGAACGUUCUCGAUCUCUGGUUACUUCCCGAACAGCCUGAAUUAUCCUGUUGGAUUACCCAUGUCUUCUGUUUCGUCUUCCUGGUCUUGUUGAACUGCAGCAAUUCGGUCCUUGUUCGCGGAGUCUACAUCGACGCUGAAGAAGAGGAUGGAAAAUGUGUAGUUUUUCCGUGUCACUACUUACGGCUCUUUUUCAAGAUCGAGCGCGAAAAAAAGGAGGCAAGACGGCGAAACCUUAUAGCAGCUUCGAGAGACUUUUCCUCGCGUAACGAAGCGAGAGGAAAGGAAGCUGAAAAUGGAGCGCUCUUGAACAGUGCUGUAUCGACGAUUAUCACCGGAAAUCCAGAAUCCCUCGUGUAAGAGGAAAGAGCCACUGAAACACCUAAAAUGGAAGAAAUAGCAGAUUAUAAAAACUGUGCGGUAAAAAUUCCUUGGAACAGUGAAUAUUUAAUUACAUUUUACAAACCGUCAGCUUAUAAGUCAAAAUCAACGUAACGAUCACUUGGCGUAAUACAUUGAGGAACAUUCAAAAACCGGAAGCAUCGACGUCAUCGAAAAGUCAAGCCGAUCAGACGUAAAUCGUUCGAAACUAUUAAAACGAUAUAUUUCGUUCUCGCGAUGACGGCGACCAUGUAAAUCCUGUACAUAAAUAAUAUAUAAUAAUAUAACUCAUAGUUCGACAAGGUGAUGCUAAACAAUGCGUGUAAGAAAUGAAGCGACGUGUAAUGUGCGUGACAUUAAAAACACGAUGGAUAAACAAUAUAAAACGGUAAUAAAGAUGAAAGUGACAUGUGCUGUAGUCGCGAGUCCAAUACUCCUAUCGGUAUGCCUUUAUCGUAAUGAUACAGUAACGUUGCGAAUGGCUGUGAACGAGUAUAAAAAGUGCGUAUAAAUUUCCGUUAAAAAUAAUUGUUAUUAAAGAAGGAAGUAAGAGCAAGGAAAAAAGGCACCGUAUGUAAAUACCGGAGAACCACGCGAAAUCGUACAUCUUCUGUUUGAACUAUAAAACAACGUUAAUAUGUAUUAAUAAAUUAUAAGUGAUAAACGAGAGGGAAUGACGGACUGUUGGAAGGGCGUGCAUACCCUUGGCAAAUACGUACAUACCUAUAUAUGAAAGAGAUAUUAGAAGUACAGUACGAUUAAAUGCUAUUUAUAUAUUUAUUCUAAUGAAUUUCGAAGCCACUGCAUGUCUACACGUGCGUACAGAUGUAUAUAUAUAUAUAUACCAUACGUAACGUCGGCUUGUCUAAUUACACUCAUGUAAAUAAAUCGCAAUUUAAUGUUCUAAAUGUCAAUGACAGCUUUCCGGUAAUUCCUAAAUAAGUCAAUGAUAAAUUAUUAAUUUAAUUUCAUGCUAAUCAUCCUGUAUGUGCCGCCCCGUCAUGAGGAAUAGUAGGUGCACAAUAAAUAGUGAAAUAACAAAAAUUCAAUAGAAAUGCAAGUAACGUAGAAUAAAAAAGUAUUAGAGUUACUGAAGAACACCAAUUUUAUGUUGUUACGUAGCAGCCACGUAAAUGUUACAUAAGUGUAGAAAACAUAUUUGCUGGAUAAUUAUUCAAUGGUAACCAUGACGAGAAUCAACGACGAAUAUGAAAUCGAAUUGAUUCGUACAAGUUCAAAGUCUUCGGUAUCUUAAUUAAUCUGGUACAAUGGGAAGUGUAUAGGGACUUGUAUGAAAAAACAAAAGGACCUUGGACAACAAUGGUAAUAGGUUAUACACGA